CGGGAACGCGGAAGGGCCGCGACGCCGAGAAGAGAGCGGGCCGGGGGCGGGGCCGGCCGUGAGAGUGCGGGGCGCGCGGUGACAGGUGAGGGCGGCGGCGGCGGCGGCGUCCUGAGGCCUGAGGGGAGCAGACGCGGCGGCGAUGCUGGAGACCCUACGCGAGCGGCUGCUGAGCGUGCAGCAGGAUUUCACCUCCGGGCUGAAGACUUUAAGUGACAAGUCAAGAGAAGCUAAAGUAAAAAACAAACCCAGAACUAUUCCAUAUUUGCCAAAGUACUCUGCUGGACUAGAAUUACUUAGCAGGUAUGAAGAUACAUGGGCUGCACUCCAUAGGAGAGCCAAGGAAUGUGCAAGUGCUGGAGAGCUGGUGGACAGCGAGGUGGUCAUGCUCUCCGCACACUGGGAGAAGAAGCAGACGAGCCUGGUCGAGCUACAGCAGCAGCUUCAGCAGCUUCCAGGCUUAAUCGCAGAUUUAGAAUCCAUGACAGCAAAUCUGACUCACUUAGAGGCUAGUUUUGAGGAGGUAGAAAACCACCUGCUGAAUCUGGAGGAUUUAUGUGGACAGUGUGAAUUAGAAAGAUACAAACAUAUGCAAUCCCAGCAACUGGAAAAUUACAAGAAAAACAAGAGGAAGGAACUUGAAACCUUCAAAGCCGAACUCGAUGCACAGCACGCCCAGAAGGUGCUGGAAAUGGAGCAGACCCAGCAAGCGAAGCUGAAGGAGCGGCAGAAGUUCUUUGAGGAAGCCUUCCAGCAGGACAUGGAGCAGUACCUGUCCACGGGCUACCUGCAGAUAGCAGAGAGGCGAGAGCCCAUGGGCAGCAUGUCAUCCAUGGAGGUGAAUGUGGACAUGCUGGAGCAGAUGGAUCUGAUGGACAUCUCCGACCAGGAGGCCCUGGAUGUCUUCCUGAAUUCUGGUGGUGAAGAUAACACUGUGCUUUCGCCGGACUCAGGGCUGGACGCAGGUACCGGUCAGCACGAAGUCACCCUUGAGGUUCCACAUCCCUCCCACUUGCGAGCCACGCCGCCCGCCUCACCCUCACCCUGUACUGACCCGGCCGCCCAGGAGCCCAGCGAAGGUGAGGAGUCCCCCGUGGUUCAGUCUGACGAGGAGGGAGUGGAGGUGGACACCGCCCUCGCCACCUUACACACCGACGACAGUGACUCCUAAGCCCGGCGCCCGCGCUCUGACCACCUCAGGAGGCAGACUCGGCCGCACGAGGAUCCCACUGUGAAGGCAGGUGGUUUUAGGGAGGCUCUUGGUUUUUACACAGUUGCCAGUAACGUGUGAGAAACUGACUGAAAGAACAGCUGACAAUAAAGUUUGAGGCUUUUAAACAGCA